AUGGAAGCUUUUGCCUACGAACCUGUUAGCGAAGAUAUACGUGUAGUUGUUGGUGUCAGUAAACCUUUAAUCGCUAAAUUUCGUUUCGACAUUUUUACUAAUGUCAAUUAUUCCAAUUUAUUAGGAUUUGCUUACGCUUAUGUACAAGAAAAUAAGGAGAAAAUUGAAAUUGUAGUUAAUGAUGAAUGGGGAAAUUUCAAAAGUCCUAAUAAAACCAAUACUGCAUUGCAAUAUGACGAAACUUAUAGAGUUGUUGUUAAUUGGGGUGCUGGUGCAUUAAGCUCCGAGCCUACAAAACGAAGAAGACUCAACUUACCAAAGCCAAUAGAAUAUUUUAAAUUUUAUUUGGGCGAUGAUGUUCCUGACAGUAAAAAACCAAGAUUACCACAAGAAAUUACUUUUGAAAAGGCUAUAUCUGAUUUUCUCCGUGAAAUGGGCAAGUAA